AAACCCCUACUAGUUACUUGUAAUGGAAUAAAGUUGAUGAUGACGAUGCUCAGUUUAUGCAUAUUCCAGCCAAAGAAAGAAACAGUGAGGAAGCAGAGUGGACAACGAAGUUAUCGUUGGUAGUAGCAGUACUGCUUCUGUGGGUGUGGUCAGAAGCUACAGCUAAUGCAAAUGAUGAUGAGCUAAAAAGGAGCAACAUAGACGAGUGCUCAAUGUUGAAGUCGAAGAUUGUCGUGAACAUUGGAGCAGCCGUAGAGUUGAAUUCUCGAGUGGGAAAAGAACAGAAGAUAGCAAUGGAAGUUGCAAUUGAAGACAUGAAUCGACAGAGCUGCUAUGAGCUUGCCUUGAACUACAGUUAUAACUUUCAUCGCAACCCAUCAUCUCCCACCAUGUUCGCUGCCGAUCUUGCAAACAGCAAACAAGUGCAAGUUGUCGUAGGAACAAAACUGGAUGCAGCAACGUUAUUCCUCUCCAUUGACGAAAACUCAAAGGAUGUUCCCAUCAUAUCUCUAACCUCAACAGCUACUCCAGAAAUAGCUUCAAUCCCAUUGCCACACUUCAUCCAAAUGGGCCAUGAAGUCACCCUUCACAUGCACUGCACUGCAUCCAUCAUACACCAAUUCCAUUGGCGAAAGGUUACAGCAAUUUACGAGCACAACAACCUCUUUGCCUCUCAUUCAGAGAUACUGACAAGACUCUCUUACUCUCUGCGUCUGGUCAAUGCUGAAAUCGAUCACCAUGUAGCUUUUCCUUCAAUGGCCCUUCUCUCAAACCCAACCGAGAUCAUAGAACAAGAGCUUACAAGGCUCAAGAGCAAGAGCAAUAGGGUGUUCUUGCUUAUUCAAUCUUCCUUGGAGUUUGCCACUUUGCUUUUUCAGAAGGCAAAGCAAAUGGGAAUGAUGGAAAAAGGGUCAGUGUGGAUCAUUGCAGAUGAUGUAGCCAACCACCUUGAUUCCCUUGAUUCUUCUGUCACUUUCAACAUGCAAGGUGUCAUGGGGUGCAAAACCAACUUCAUGGAAGUGAGUGAAAGGUUCAAACGUUUCAAGUUCAUGUUUAGGAGAAAGUUUGCACUGGAAUACCCCGAGGAAGAAAGAUUGCAUCCGAGUGUCUUUGCUCUCAGGGCUUACGAUGCUGUUUGGACCAUUGCUAAAGCCUUGGAGAGCUCACAGGGAAACUUUUCCUUAUCAGAAAAUAUUUUGCAUAGUGAUCACGAGGGCCUUAGUGGGAAGAUAAGGUUCAAAGGAAGAAUGUUAAUGGAAUCACCAACCUUUAAGAUUGUCAAUGUUGUUGGAAAAGGUUACAAAGAGUUAGCAUAUUGGUCAAUGGAGUCUGGUUUGAGUGAGAGCCUUGUUGAGCAUGAGGUAGUGAACACAACAACUGGUGCUGGUUCUGCUAGAAGGCUUUUAAGUUCUGUGGAUUGGCCUGGUGGGUUGAAAACAGUUCCAAAAGGUUGGGUGUACAAUAGCAGUGAGGGAAAGCCUUUGAAAAUUGGGGUUCCCGCUGUUGAUCCAUGUCCUCAGUUUGUGAAUGUGAGCCAUGAUAAGAGACUGAAUGAAACCCAAUUCACUGGUUUCUCAAUCAAUGUCUUUGAAUCAGUUGUGCAACGCCUGCCUUAUCACCUGCCUUUUGUUUUUGUGCCAUUUUAUGGCUCUUACGAUCAGAUAGUUGAACAAGUGAACAAUAAGUACCUUGAUGCUGCUGUGGGGGAUAUACAAGUGGUGGAACAUAGAUAUGCAUUUGCUGAAUUCAGUCAUCCAUAUGUUGAAUCUGGCAUAGCCAUGGUGGUGAAAGUAAAGCCAGAUAGAUCCAAAGAAACCUGGAUGUUCAUGGACGCUUUCACAAAAGAAAUGUGGAUGCUAAUGGCAGCAAUGCAUCUGUUCAUAGCAUUUGUAAUCUGGUUCAUUGAAGGUGAAAACAAUUCGGAGCUCAAGAGUCUUGGGGCCAUUCUCUGGUUUUCUGUCACCACAUUAUUCUUCAUACACAGAGAACCAGUAAAUAGCAACUUGGCCAGAGUAGUGCUAGCACCUUGGUUAUUUGCUAUUCUGAUAGUGACACAAAGUUUUACUGCGAGCCUUUCAUCCAUGAUGACAGUGUCCCAUCUUGAACCAGCUGUGCCUGAUAUACAAACACUGCUGAAGACAAAUGCAAUCAUAGGGUGCAAUAAGAACACUUUUUUGGUUCAUUACUUAGUUGAUGAACUCAAAUUCCAGCCACAGAAUAUCAGGGUCUUUGACUCCAUCCAUGAUUUCCCAAGAGCAUUUGAGAACAAAGAAAUUGUGGCUUCUUUCACCAUUGCCCCUCAUGCUGAUGUCUUCCUAGCCACCUAUUGCAAGGGCUACAUCAAAGCAGGACCUACCUUGAAGCUUGGUGGAUUAGGCUUUGCAUUUCCAAAAGGUUCAAGUUUAGCAAUUGACAUAUCCCGAGCAACCUUAAAGGCCAUAGAAAGUGGAGAAGUGCAAAAACUAGAACAGAAAAUGUUGUCUACAACUAAUUGUGGAUCUACAAACAACAAAAUACAAAAUGAACAACUUGGUCCUCAACCUUUCUUUGGCUUGUUUGGCAUUUGUGGAAGCAUUGCUGUCAUAGGUUUAUUGGCAACCAUUGUUCACUUUGUUAAAAGGAAAGCACAAACAUUUAUGAAUUACCUAUUACUGUCACAGUUACAAAGAGGAUUGCAGAUAAUCAAGCUUUUUGCUCAAAAGCAUCCAUACAAGUACAGAAAAACUGCACCUGCCCAAGAUGCAAAUAGUAGAGAGAAUGUAUCUCAAAACAAUGAGCUAGCUACACCAAGUAUUGAGUUACCAAUUAACUGCCACACAUGA